ACCCAUGUGACUGAACACUCCCUGAAUCAAGUGAAACUUUGCAGUCCCCAGGAAACCUUUAUUUCUUUCUGCUGCACCACAGUGAGAGGCAGCAUCUCUUGGUCUCGCAGCUGUACUGACCAUGGGAAGGAGCAAAUCACACUUGGUCUUGCUAGCCUUUGUCUGCGCAUUUUCUUCCUGCUGUGCUGAAGUGGCCCUGGGUGUCAGGCUGUCUCCACAAACCACGUCCUUCCACCAUACCAUUACUUCUGCUCUGCCACUUUCUGUUUAUCAUUCCCCACCCCACCAAAGCAGCACAGUUCCACCUAACACCACAGGCUCCAUAAGCCAUACAACUACUCUGCAGACAACAGACCAACACUGGGUAACAACAGCACCAGCCUCUCAUAUGACCACCCAGGCAGGAGCCAACACCAGCAAAGCACAUGGCCAGACAUCUUCCACAGCAGUAACCACAACUGCAGCAGACACAGCUGCAGCUGGCCAGGCUACAACCCAGGCAAUGGAAACAGUUACACAAGCUGUGAAGAACGUGACUGUGCCCCCAUACAACCAAAUCACAACACAUGUGGACACAGUUACAAACACAACCAUAGAAAAUACAACAUCAAAGACGCAAACAACGACCACUGCCACAAAUACUACAGCCACUACCAGCAGUACUGUAAAACCCACCACAAGCUCAACUAAUCACACAACUUCUGGAAGUUCAACAGCCACAACCAUGACCAAUGCAACUACCACUCAUCAGGGGACUCAUACAACCAUCCCAUCUACUACAAUGAUGGUGAGACCCACUCUGGCACCACAGCCUUCUCCCAUCCCCACUGGCACAUACAUCAUUUCCAGCAGCAACAAGACCUGCAUCAAAGCAGUGAUGGGUUUGCAGCUGAUGGCUCUAAGCACACAGAAGAAGCAGAUGAAGUACCUGACUGUCAGCCCCAACGCCACCCAGAUAUCUGGAAGCUGUGGGAUGGUGCAGUCUGUGCUGAACAUCACUUUCCCUGGAGGGUUUAUAAGCUUUGUCUUUGUAAAGAAAGAUCCAACAUACUAUGUCAGUACAAUUGAGGCUGAAUUACAGUUACCAUCUGAAGGUAUACUUUAUUACGUAGCCAUUCGCCAGCAGCAUUUUACAGCAAAGCUGGGGAAUUCCUAUAAGUGUGCCAGCAAGCAAACCUUUGGCUUGGAGAGAACCUACCAGCUAGUCAUUGUGAACAUGCAGCUGCAGGCCUUUGAUAUUGUUGAUAACCAGUUUGGAAGAGAAGAAGAAUGUUUUCUUGAUAAAAGUACAAAGGCAGUUCCCGUCGCCGUGGGCCUGAGUAUCCUGGGACUGCUGGUCAUUGUGUUUGUCACAUUUCUGAUUUCCAGAAGAAAGCCCUACAGAGGGUACGAACGCAUCUGAGGUGCUCCUGUACUUCCAAAGAAGAGAAAUCAUGGGAGUUUUUGCUUUCAGCUGGCAGCCUUGCUGCUCUGGAGCCAUAUUUUUAAGUGAAAUGACACCAUGUGUUUAAAGCUAAUGCAUGUUUCGGGAAGCAAUUUCUGUAAGGUGGGAAGGAAAUGAUUCAUACCAUCUAUUUUAGGCUAUUCUUAGCUACUUAUUUAGAUGGGGGUUCAGAGGAUCAAAGUUAGAAGCCUAAAUCUUUUACAUUAUCAAAAAAAGAGGCAAUUCGGACCACCCAAGUCAGACUCUUAAAGCAAGCAGCAUCAUUAUCCCCCAUAAAAUCCAUCAGAUUUUUCUAAAAAACAUUAAGAAAAAUCAAUUUCUUCAAGAUGGCAUUCAUAUUUAUUAGGAGAGUUGAGUCCAGUAAUAUGACCUUCAAGUGAGUAGAGCAGAGGUCCACAGCGACAGGCAGCCCUAUUAAAUCACAGCAAGUCCUAUGGGAGCACUGUUUUUUUGCUGAAGAUUUGGGGCAAGCAUAAAAAUGACUUCAACUGAUAAGCAAGUUCCCUUUGGUCCUUUUAAACACCAGGCUUACAUUUAGUAACUUCUUAUUGUUUCCUACCAAGUCUUUUGGAGGGACACAGUGGUCACUCCUGGUGAUGCUACUGUCACUCUGGAGGCAGUAUUUUUAUUAAUUUUCUACCUACCAGUGACUCUGUAUGCAGAUAAGAUGACUCAGCAGGGUCACACAGGGUCUGCCUGAGCAAUGUAUGCAAAAAUUUCCACUCAUCACUGCCUGUCUCAGCCUCUCCACAGUGAUGUCUGAACUUCCUGCCAAUAAUUCUUGAGCUGCAGCCUCACAAGACAUGGCAUAUGAGAGCAGUCUGAUGUUACUAAGUUUAUCCUGCACUAUUACUGUUAGCUGCACCAUUCAGCAGCUGAUGACAGGCAGCUGAAAUGUCUGUGCAGAACUGGGCGGGCAUUUAGAGUAACUCCACUCAUCUACACAAGGCCAAGACAUCCUAUUUACCAACUGGUAAGAUGCUCAAGAUGCAGCAUCCCUUUGCCAUAUGUUUGCAGUACGAGGUGGAGAAAGCUGACAUGAGGCUCUAAAAGCACUGUGGUAAGUGGGCCGGUGCUAAGGAUGCUACUGUGAUAGAUAGGGACUGGGAUGAAAUUGCUGGAUAAAUUCAUGGAGCCUAUAAUUUCAUAGUCUUAAAAGAGCUUAUGCAUCACCUGCUUCCUUUACAGACAUGGACCUGUUAUAGCAUUCACCACUGAACUAUGUAACUGUCACCUCACUGGGAUGACAGUAUGGUGAUCUCUCUCUUAAUGUGGGAAGAUACCACAGUAACUGAAAACGAUGGAGAUUAAGUAGCCAGCACUGUGGCAAACCUACAAAAGGUCCUUGAGUAAAUGGAAAUCCACUGAAGCUGUCUGCUUAAGGUGUCUGUGGGAACUGAAAGCCUGCACAGGCCUCGGAUAAACUCUGCCCCAAAGUGAUUGCUAUCCACCACACUUGCAGCUGAGCAGCUGGAUUUUCAUAUGGAGAUACUUUAGAGUUGCUUUAAACCACAGCAUUUGCAACACUUUGUAGUGUGCUUCCUGCUAAGCAAAUGUGAAGGCGUGUAAGCGGUAAUUGCUUUUGAGAGUAAUUAAGUUCAGCAAAUUUUCUUAGUUGAAACAAGGAAAAUCUCCUCGUCACAAAAGGUUUACAAAGAUAAACAUAUGCACAAAUGUGAGUACACACACCGCAAACAACUCUGCUCACUGCAGGAAGCUACAUGAAAUUGAUAAGAAUUAUAUGUAAAAACAUUUAUCGAAGAGAGAACAAUAUUACAUAAGAGCUCAUUUUCCCCUUAGGGUUUAGGGCAGCAGCUUCAUGUUACCAGUAAAUAUUUUGCCUGGAUAGGGCUUAGGAAUGGCAGCAAUUAAACAAAAGAAAGCCUGAAGUUAUCUGCAAAAAUUCCUUGCUGUUAGCUUUAUUUGGAAAUAAACAUAAUACAAAUGCUGGAAGAUGAUUUGAUUCCCGUUAAGUAAUGGCCCAAAUGCUGAGCAGUUAUGAAUGGCAGUGGAUUUUCACUGAGUAAAACUGACAUCAGUACCUUGUGAGUCCAAUUUGCCUGCACUAUCUUUUAAAAAUAGUUCUGAUAUUUUACCAGUGUGUAACCAUCGAGUUCAGUUACUUAAAUCCUUCCAUUCUGUGAAUUUCUAGAAGAUCCUGAUCCGUGCCCAGCAGGAAACACCACCAUUCCAUAAUGCCAUAACAUGUGGCUAUGGAAGUAAUUCUCAUUUUCCAGAAAUGUUCCAGUUUAGUUUGAAUGAACUCAUAACCAAGAAAGGUAAAGACAGUUUUGAAGCACUUUUGCACUUGGAGAAGCCAAAGACAGAACCAGCUGUGAGCAAGGGAGGCAGCUGACUAUAGCUAUAAGGUAAAGCAGCAUGCGGUUACAAUCACUUCAAUGCUCCAUUAUUACAAUGUUUGUUUUGUAAAAAGCUCCAGCAGUGAUAAUAUUAGCAAACUUUAUUAAGCUCAUUUUCCCCGUCCCACCUUUUCCUGUUGUUAGUGGCCAUGCAGCCCACUGAUGUUGUUCAGGCCCUAGCUCUCAGGGUGCUCUUGCUGUUCAUGGUUCAUCUCACAUGAAACUCUGAUGGUUAAUGAGAGACCUGGGUGGUGGCAGCAAGUCCUUGUGUGUGAGAACUGCGGCUGUGGAAAGGUCUGUGGAGCUGUGAGCCUGCUGCUUGUGUUUCUUUUCAAGAAAACCAUUGGUACAAAGUAAAAUGUCUGCGCUGCCCGUCUGGGCUGGGAGUGAAGCUGUGGGUUAUUGCUGAGUUAUUUGUGACGUGUUUGUGUUUAGAAAGCAGGAUUUUUUUUUAAUACUAUAUUAAAGCAGAGCCCCUUUUCUUUCUUUCUUUCUUUUUUUUCUUUUUUUUUUAACUGUGUAAUGCUUAAGGUGUCCAGAAGGAAACAGUAAAUCUGUGGAAGUGCUUCCAAUUGAAAAUGAGCCCAUGCCUGCAAUACUGAUGCUACUGUCCCAGACUGUUAUAUGUGGACAUUUUAGUAACAACUGUUGCCUAGAAAUCUCAGCUCCACACAUGAUCUGACCCAAAGCCAAUCCAAGUGGUGGUCAGCAGGCAUCUUUCCCACCCAAAACUAAGUCCUAUUUCACGUGGCCUUUGGAUUUUUGGGUUGUUUGAUCUGUAUGGUUUAUUACUUUAAUUAAAUAUAAGAACAUAGGAUUUUCUUGUUAUGUUCUAUACUGGAAAAGCUCUUUAUAUUAAUAUUCAGUCUUUUAACAUUUGCUAUCAAAACAAGGCUUGAAAAUUGUUCUUAAUGAUGAUUGAUAAUUCUGUGUUUAAUCUUGUCACACCCUCCAGCAUCUUUACCAAUGAUGCACAGUUAAUGCUUUUCUCUCACCUCAUUUUAUCAUUGGAACGAAUCAAACUAUUCACACUGAACAGUGUUUAGAUUAACAUUUAACUGAUUAAUUCCUAUGCUAUUUACUGCCAUUAUUUGUUUGCUGUUUUUUGGAAGCUGCAUAUAGUCUUCUCUGGGCUUGCGCUAAGUGGCAAAGGCAAAACAGUUGGAAAUGAUGAUGACGUGCUGCCAUUUACUUGCAAGAAGAGUGAAGAACACAGUGAAGCAGAAGUUAGGAGGUGAGCACAUCCCUGUAGCUCCCUGGUGCUCUGCUGCGCCAGACCAAGUUAGACACCAGGGUAUCCCAUGAAUAUACGAUGUCAUACUUAGCCAUAUACCCAAGGAGUUUAUAAAGAAACAUUUAAUUUCUUUCAAUCCUUUGUUGUUCUCUGACAGUCAAAAAAAAAAAAAGUCCAAAUUAAAGAACAGCUGUUAGUUCUGGUUGAACAGAAGCAGGGAGAUGUAGAUUAGCUUCUUAAGUGUAUGCAGUUGGUUUGCUUGAUCACUUUUAGCUUGCUCUAAUGAAUGGUUGCUAAAGAUUACUUUGUCAUGAAAAAGAAUAUAUGCCCUUUAUUUUUCAAUUAUUGGUGUUUCUAUAAUAAAGAUUGUAUUUAGUCAUUAA